AUGAUAAUGCUUUUCAAAAAGUUAUAUUUAUUUAUUUAUUUAUUUGAGAGGCAGAGUGACAGAGAAAUACAAAGAAAGAUCUUCCAUCUGCUAGUACACUUCCCAAACUUCUACACAGCCAGGGUUGGUCUGGGCCAAAGCCAAGAGCCAGGAAAUCCAUCUGAGUCUCCUACGUGGAUGGUAGGGACCCAAGUACUUGAGCCAUCAUCCGCUGUCUCUUGGGUGCUUUAGCAGGAAACUGGAUCAGAAGCAGAGGUGAGGUUCAGUUUUAGAUACCCCGAUAUGGGAUAUAGGUGGCGCAAGCUGCAACUUAACUCUCUGUGCCUCAGUGCCUGCCCCUCAUCAAGUAUUUCUUAUCUAAAGAACAUACAGCUUUCCUCCUCCAUUCUGUUAAUGGGUACAUCAGAUCCUGAUGCUCAGCACUCCUGACACUCAAGUUGAUAGCUGCUUUAAUGACAUUUCAGGGAUGUCACAAAGCUCAGCAUGUGUGACCUGGGCUGGGAAACCUGAGAGGGACGUGGUUUAACCUGCGCUGAGAAUGUGACUGACCAUUUAAACUGGAGUCAGAGGAAGUUAAAUGGAGGGAACAAGCACUUUCAGGAGCUCUUCUUAGUCAUGUGGAGAGGGCCAAAUGUGAACUGUGUUGACAGCACUGGCUAUACACCCUUGCACCAUGCCGCUUUGAAUGGCCACAAGGAUGUGGUCGAGGUUCUGCUGAGGAAUGAUGCACUGACCAACGUGGCUGACUCUAAAGGCUGCUACCCUCUGCACUUGGCCGCCUGGAAAGGAGAUGCCCAGAUAGUGCGGUUGCUCAUCCAUCAAGGGCCCUCGCACACUAGAGUCAAUGAGCAGAAUGCUCUUGAGAUCAAAGAACUCAAAAAGUACGGCCCUUUUGACCCUUAUAUCAAUGCCAAGAACAACGACAAUGAGACGGCUCUGCAUUGCGCAGCGCAGUACGGCCACACGGAGGUGGUGAAGGUGCUCUUAGAGGAGCUCACGGACCCUACUAUGCGCAACAACAAAUUUGAGACGCCUCUGGACCUAGCGGCACUCUACGGGCGCCUGGAGGUGGUGAAGAUGCUCCUCAACGCACAUCCCAACCUCCUGAGCUGCAACACUAAGAAGCACACCCCUCUGCACUUGGCAGCCAGGAACGGCCACAAAGCUGUGGUCCAGGUCCUCCUUGAUGCUGGCAUGGAUAGCAACUACCAGACGGAGAUGGGCAGUGCUUUGCAUGAGGCUGCUUUGUUUGGCAAGACCGAUGUGGUGCAAAUCCUGCUGGCUGCAGGAAUUGAUGUCAACAUAAAAGAUAACCGUGGACUGACUGCACUAGACACUGUCCGGGAACUGCCUUCUCAAAAGAGCCAGCAGAUAGCAGCACUUAUUGAAGAUCACAUGAUGGGAAAAAGAAGUACAAAAGAGAUGGAUAAAAGCCCCACAGCCCAGCCACCUCUCAUCUCCAAUACGGACUCCAUAUCACAGAAGUGUCAGAGUGAUGUGGAGAAAGCAGUGACUGAACUGGUCAUCGAUUUUGACACAAAUACUGAAGAGGAGGGUCCCUACGAGGCACUGUACAAUGCUGUCUCCUGCCAUUCCUUGGACAGCACAGCCAGUGGGCGAUCAUCUGACCGAGACUCCACAAACAAGGAGGCUGAAGCCGCAGGAGUGAGAACUGCCGGAGUGAGGCCUAGGGAGCGUCCACCGCCUCCAGCAAAGCCACCACCUGACGAGGAGGAGGAGGAGGAGGAGGAGGAGGAGCAGCGCAGAGAUAAGAAGUAUUUUCCCAGGACAGCUUCUGAGGUCUUGGCCGCGAGACCUAGGAUUCAGGGGAGUGGAGCCAGGGAAGAGGAUGAGCACCCGUAUGAGCUGUUGUUAACAGCGGAAACAAAGAAGCCGGUGGCAGUGGAGAGUAAAGUAAAAGACCACAGGCAAAGCAGCAGCAGCCGGAGCCAGGACUCUGCAGAGGAGCAAGACGGACAGGUCCCUGAGCAGUUCUCAGGUCUCCUCCACGGCUCCUCCCCGGUGUGUGAGGUGGGACAAGACCCUUUCCAGCUGCUCUCUGCCACCGGCCAGAGCCAUCCAGAAGGGUCCCCCCAGCCAGGCGCCUGCCGCGAGGCCAGCAUGCAGCUGGAGGAGACGGGUGCGCAUACCCCUGGAGCCUCUCAGCCCAGCGCCCUAGACCAGAGCAGGAGAGUGGGCUGCCCAUCAGGCUUGCCUACCACCACCAACAGCCGAUUGCACCCCGGAACUUUGACUCGCUCAGCACCUCUGCACCCUGGUGGUGCUGAGGAAGAAGGAGAGCGGCCCGGGGCCAGAAGCCGAGCCCCUCCCACCAGCAAACCCAAAGCCGAACUCAAACUCAGCCGCAGCUUGUCCAAGUCUGACUCUGAUCUCCUGACCUGCUCACCCACAGAGGACUCCACAAUGGGGAGCCGGAGCGAGUCCUUGUCCAACUGCAGCAUCGGGAAGAAGAGGCUGGAAAAGUCUCCCUCCUUUGCCUCGGAGUGGGAUGAGAUUGAGAAAAUCAUGAGUUCUAUUGGAGAAGGGAUUGACUUUUCUCAGGAACAGCAGAAGAUCUCAGGUUCGCGACCGCUGGAGCAGAGCGUUGGGGAGUGGCUGGAGUCGAUUGGGCUGCAGCGGUAUGAGAGCAAGCUGCUCCUGAAUGGCUUUGACGAUGUGCGCUUCCUGGGGUCUAACGUGAUGGAAGAACAAGAUCUGCGAGAGAUUGGCAUUGGUGACCCGCAGCACCGGCGGAAGCUGCUCCAGGCCGCGCGCUCUCUGCCCAAGGUGAAGGCGCUGGGCUGUGAUGGGAACAGCCCCCCAUCAGUGCCCUCCUGGCUGGACUCCCUGGGGCUGCAGGACUAUGUCCACUCCUUCCUGUCGAGUGGCUACAGCUCCAUCGACACUGUGAAGAACCUCUGGGAGCUGGAGCUCGUCAAUGUCCUGAAAGUGCACCUGCUCGGCCAUCGCAAGCGCAUCAUUGCCUCCCUCGCAGACAGGCCCUACGAGGAGCCGCCCCAGAAGCCCCCGAGGUUUUCCCAGCUGAGGUGCCAAGACCUGCUCUCCCAGACGUCAUCCCCCCUGAGCCAGAGUGACUCGUGUACCGGGCGCUCAGCGGACCUCCUGCUGCCUUCGGUGGACACGGGCAGGCGGCGGCACGAGAGCCUUCACGAGCCUGCCGCACCCUCUCGCACUGAGCGCUGCAGAACCCAGGAAGAGCACCGCGAGGCCAAGCUGACCCUUCGGCCCCCCAGCCUGGCUGCCCCCUACGCCCCCGUGCAGAGCUGGCAGCACCAGCCGGAGAAGCUCAUCUUCGAGUCCUGUGGUUACGAAGCCAACUAUCUGGGGUCCAUGCUGAUCAAAGACCUGCGAGGGACAGAAUCUACACAAGACGCCUGUGCCAAGAUGCGGAAAUCCACUGAGCACAUGAAGAAGAUCCCCACUAUCAUCCUGUCCAUCACCUACAAAGGAGUCAAGUUCAUCGAUGCCUCCAACAAGAACGUCAUCGCAGAGCACGAGAUCCGCAACAUCUCCUGCGCGGCCCAGGACCCCGAGGACCUGUGCACCUUCGCCUACAUCACCAAGGACCUGCAGACCAGCCACCACUACUGCCACGUCUUCAGCACAGUGGACGUGAAUCUCACCUACGAGGUCAUCCUGACGCUCGGGCAGGCCUUCGAGGUGGCCUAUCAGCUGGCUCUGCAGGCCCAGAAGGCCAGGCCUGUGGGGGCCCCCGCAGCAGAGACGAUUGAAACCAAGUCUACCAAACCAGUGCCUAAGCCUCGGGUCGGCGUGAGGAAAUCUGCAGUGCCGCUGCCCCCCGAUAGUCGCUGUUGUUACUGUCACACCUGCACCACCCACCGUCCCUCCUACCUACCGCUGCCGUCUCUUAGUCCUGGACUCAAGGUCUUUGCGCCUCCUGCUGUCUUGUGUGUCCGUCUCCCCGAAGUGACCCUGGAACCGCCCGACGUGGACCAAGAUGCUCAGUCCCAUGCCAGUGUCUCCUGGAUUGUGGACCCAAAACCAGACUCUAAGCGGAGCCUCAACACCAAGUAUGAGACCACUAUCUUCUAAAACAGCCCACUCCCCGUCUCCACUAGUGUCACUGUGCCUUUGCCGCCCGGUCUUUCUGCUUUCUCGACUCCUUCCAGCUGCUGACGCCACGGCGCCGCCUCCACGGGGCCCUGCUCUCCUGGGCAGCUGCUCCAGACACACACUCACAGAUGUGCCCCACACCGCCACACACUGUGAAUCCUCCCCCUUGGGCUGAGGACAGCUUGGGGGGUGAGUUGCCUUUGAAGUGGGCAGCAAGGGGGCAAGGGAUGUGCGGGGCCGGGAGCCCACGCAGAACGCACCUUAACACCCUCUCGGGUGGGCCUGGCUCCCGGCCCCGCCCCCGUCUUCUGUCCUGAGCCGCGGCGGGGCGCUGUCCUCACCUUCCCUGACACAGCCAGCCACUGUGACGGCCCAGUGCCAGAACCCCGCAGCCUGCGGCCCCGCCCCCUCCCCUCGGCUGCUCUGAGGUGCUGGCCUCGCUCUUGUGGUCGGGCCCCACUGAGACUGAGCUCGGAGACGUGGCCUGGCCGGGGACAGACUGCGCUCUGGGAGGGCCCCGGGUACGUGCCAGGCCCGUGGGCGCCGGCUGACUCCACUCGGCAUGUUUCUUGGUCCUAAUGGGCCCUCUACUCCAAGGAACCUGGUGGCGUGCAUGUGUCUCAGCCGUCGAAUCGCAGGCUGUGGAGCUGUGGCUCCCAGGGGAAUAAGGCGUUCCUGUAGGAGCAGCAGGAGGGGCCUGGCCCUGCUCCCGUGGUGCACCCUCCCUUCCGCAGAGGAGCGGCUGCAGCACGGGGGUCUAGACCGAGCCACUCCCGUAGUCCUCUGACGUUUCUCCACGCUGUGGGGCCACGGUGUGCGAGCGCAUCAGUUUAGGUGGCAGCAGUUCCGUCGGAGGCCGCGCGGAUGUAGCGUAGCCCGGCGGCCGAGCCCGGUGGGCCCUUCCGCCCCGCUGACCGUGUGCCUUCCUGAGCGGAGCGGCGGGCUGGGUGUGUGGAGGGCAGGGAGGCGGGGAGGGACUGCUCCUCUGCACCUCCUCUCCACUCCUCCGCCUUUGCAGCCCCUGUAGUUAACCCUCUCCUCCCCCCGUUGUUUGCUUCUGCCAAGCUGAGCCACUGAGGAACCACACUGUGCUGCGGACACACACACGUGGGGGCGCAGGCUCCUGCCACCACCACCGCCACCUCACCUGCAGCUUUGAAGACCCAGGCCCGACCUCUGCCUGUGGGGACCUCCGCCCGACAGCUCGGCCUGGGCCUGCCGCCCCCAGGCCUUGCAGAGCGAGCCCAGCCCUGCCGAGGGAGGCACCGCAGGCCCAGCAGAGGCGCUGCCUGCAGGGCAAGAAGGACUCGUCUGAACAGGUUUUUAAUAGAAAAAGGCUUUUUUAUAAAAUGAACUUUUAACAUUUGGCUCAAACCUCUCGGUCAAACUGCCAACCAUUAGACAAAUGGCUGUGGGGUCCGAGGACAGGGGACCUGAGAUUGGCAGCCUCUGUCCUCACGGUGGGGUCCCAGCGUGGCCUCUGUGUGGCUCAGGCCAGGGGAGUGGAUGGGUUUCUCUGCUUUUCCAGCCCCCAGCCAAGCUGCUGUCCUUCACAACGCUGCCCGACUUCUCAUCCGGUCUUGCACUGGCCAUGGGCAGCUGGGCAGAAACAGCUGCUUCCUGCUUCCAGGGUUCCAAAUGUGAGGGUCCAGUGGCCAGGCGGAGACGAGCAAGCAGUCUCUGGGGCCAGGAGCUCCUCCGUGCCACGGAGUCAAAGAGCAGCAGCUUGCUUUGGUGCGUCAGUGGGCAGUCCGAUUUGUCUCAUCGGGGCUGUGCCGUUAGGGCUCAUUUUGGUUCUCUGAACAAUUGGGUUGAAGCUGGUAUUCCCUGGUGCUCGGCUUCUCGCUGGCUCCAGGCAUAGAAGAGGCCUGUUGGUCCCUUUCAUUCCCCCAGUGCGGCCUAAGAGCAGGCCUGGUCUGCGCCCACCAGUGCUGCUUACGCCUCCCCCUGGCUCGCUUUGCUGUUCCCAGUGACCUGGGCUGUGUUCUUCACCCUGGGUGCCCUCAGAAAGGAAGGGGUUUGUUCCGUGGUGCUGAGAGGCAAAGCCGGGCCAGGCCUGUUGCUUCCAGGUCGUGGGCAGGCAGUGCUGCCCGCCAUGGGUAGGCUAGCAGGCCGCAUGCUGGGCCCAGGGUGCCUGGUCCAGGACUCAGCACCGCGCCCUGCCUCCCAGAUUGGAUGCUGAUGUCUGUGUCCCCGUCCACAACCCUGUGCCUGGCCAGAGCGCGAGGGCAGGCCUGUACCUUGCAGCUGACUUGAGGCUGGGCCUCGGGGCUUUCCUGUCUGCUGAGCGUCUGGCAUGGCGGGUCUGGGAUUCAGCUCCCCGCUGUGGGAGAGGCAGACUCCUCCUUCUUGGUACUAAACAAGGACCUCAACACCUGCAGUUCUUCCUGUUGGCUUCAGGGCCUGAGAAUCCCCGUCAGUGACACUGCACAGUAUUCAGCCCCUGCUUCCUCCCAGAGCUGCCCAGGAAGCCUAAGGAUCCCGAGUGCACGGUGCUGCCUCGCGUUGCGGUGCCGGGGCGGUGCCGUCGUCUUGUACAGGGGCCGAGUCCCAGCUAAGCCGGCGUCUGCUGGUGGGCGGGAGACCCAAACAGAAACCACGUAGACACUAAGAUGCGUCCGGAGGCCGUCUGUCGUUCUUAGAGCAUAGGUGUGUCUUCCCCGAAGCUGCUAUCUCUCUAUUUAUUCAGGGUGUGCUCGCACCCCAGCGCCUCAGCCGGUCUCCGGCUCUGGUUUUGAGAUUGGCUUAUUUCAAAGACAGGAAUGUAAGGAAGGUGGCGCGCUCCCCUGUGCCCGCCCCGGGAAGGCCAGGCUUGCGGUCGGAGAGCCCUGCGUGUGCACCGAGUGCAGGUCACACCGGGAGGCCCAGUCCCUGUUUCUGAACUGUGAAGGAGCCCGAGGUGGGGGACUGCAGCUGGGAGCAGACCCAGCCCUGGCUCCCCGGCCCCCACCUUCUCUUCCGCUUGCUCUGCACUUGCCACGCUCCGCUGCUAGCAUCAGAUAAUGGAGGGUUCCUUGAGCAGCCUGGGCUGAGCCCACAGCAGGCACAGCCGUAGUCACCCAGGCCCCGGGAGCCUGGGCUGAGCUCGGCCUUCGGAGAUGCCCAGGCCUGCAGAGUGCAGCUCACGGAGGUGUGGUUGCAGAUGGGUGGCAGUGGGACUGAAUUGUAAUAAAAAUGUUAUUUAAUCUUUGUCUCUGUAUUUUGAUACUUGAAUGACUUCCCCUCGUUUCACUGUACAUACAUUUGUUCAUCUGUCUGAUUUUGUCUGAAUUAUAGACAUCUUGUGGUACCAAACAUAACCAAUCUGUGUGGCAACAUAGACUGACCUCACUUCACGAGAGUGUAAAUAUUCCUGGGCUUCCAGCUUUGGUUUUGUUAUUUUCGUAACUGUACAACUUAGAACAGAUGGAAUGAAUAAAUGAGGAGCGACAUCAAA